UCCGAUACAGAAUCCAAGAAUUCCCAGAAUCUCAACACCGAUUCCGAUGGAGGUCUGGGUGGGGGUCGUGUGGGCACAGGUAGUGACAGCUCUGCCGGCGAUUCCCUAUACGACUAUAACGUGGAAGAGAUUAGACAACAGAUUAAAAACAAUAAUAACGACCAAAACGAGAAUAAUCUGCGAAAUCUUCAGAACAGUUUUGAUAACCUAUUGCUUAACGCAAACACUAAUCGCAACACAAAUACCAAUAGAAAUAACAACAAUAAUAAUAAUGACAAUAAGGAGGACUUCCUGGACCUCCAGCGGUCCCGAAGUGUACUCAACCCUCAGGAGCGAGGCUUUGGGCAACAGUUGAUCGGGCGCAGCGUAUCUGGAGUUCGGGUAACAUCUGUCACGUCGAGCACAUCCGAUGGCCAGUCAUAUCGAGAGCCGGCCGGCAGUGGUAACAAUCCUUCAGCCAAACAGUCUGAUCCGCCCAAAAACAAUAGGGUAACGGUGGACGACCUGAAUGGGCCCAACUUUGAUGAGGCCAUAGCGGCCAUCAUCGAUGAAAACGGAGGCAUUCACCUGAACGACGGCCCCGGGAGUCAUCUCUUCGCACUCGUGGCCUCCGACUCGGCCGGCACUGCCGAUAAGGUGGUCAACGUUUACGACAAACCCGUGACCAACAGCGAGUUGAAGCAAAACCAGCGCCGAGGGCUGUCGCGCGGCGACAACCAGAUCAUCGUGGUCAAUCGCACUCACUUUAACCUGCCUACAUCUGCAAACAAUCGUGGUGGCAAUCGAUUUUUGCCCGCCCCCCGCACCACACACCAGACCCAAUACGUACCGCUGUCGGCCCCGCCGCCCAGUAUUAAGCCCCCGGUGGCGGCGGUACCCGAGCAACGGUCCAACGCCCGCACGUCUCGCCAACGGAUCCAUAUAGUGGUCAACAAUCGGACACAAGUCCAAGAGAUACCGAUUGACGAUCCGAUAGACUUUCAACGCAUUCCCGCUAUACAGCAAACCCCAGCACAACAGACGCCCAUCAAUAGGUACUCAAACCCGAGGACCAGCGGUCGAUCACCCGUUCCCAAUCAGAACCAAUACGUAGCCGUAACGCGACCGCCGGUCACCACCACUACCACAACCACGACGACCACCGAAAGGCCCCGACGUAUAGUCCAACACAAGCCGGAGUCGACAUACGUGGCCAUCAAUGAGGGCAGUAGUAAUAGUCGGCGACAGUCGCCGGCAAACGCCCGGACACUGAGUCAACGGCCCAGCGAUUACGGCCCGCAGCCGGAGAUAGUGUCCGUAAGGCACGAGACGUUCCCGUCCCGACCGCCACCCGUGUUCCGGACGCCCGAACCCUACUCGACGGCAAUGGCGUGCAAUCAAAAGUCCUGCCGAUUGCCCGACUGUUUCUGCGCCGGCACUGAUAUACCGGGUAACAUACCGGUGAGUCAAAUGCCCCAAAUCAUCCUGAUCACUUUCGACGACGCUAUCAAUGACAUCAAUUGGCACAUCUAUGACGAGGUGUUUCAGCCGCACCGCACGAAUCCCAACGGGUGUCCAAUACGGGCCACUUUCUACGUGUCGCACGAGUGGACCGAUUACGGUCAGGUCCAGACACUGUACUCCCGGGGCCACGAAAUGGCCUCACACUCUGUCACGCAUAGUUUUGGCGAGAGGUUCAGCAAAAGCCAGUGGCAUAAGGAGAUCAAUGGUCAGCGAGAGAUACUGCACUUGUAUGGGGGCGUCAAUAUGGAGGACAUCCGCGGUAUGAGAGCCCCUUUCCUUCAGGGAGGGGGUAAUAAACAGUUUGAGAUGCUAUACGAGGCCAACUUCACCUACGACUCGACCAUGCCCAUUUUUGAGAACAGCCCGCCGUACUGGCCCUUCACACUGGACUUUGCCUCCAAUCACGAGUGUAUGAUCGCUCCCUGUCCCACCAAAUCGUUCCCGGGUUUGUGGGAGAUCGGCAUGGUCAUGUGGCAGGACCUGAGAGGUGGCCGGUGCUCAAUGGGCGACGCGUGUAGUAACCCAUCCGAUGAAAACGGUGUGUUUGAGAUGAUUAUGAAAAACUUCAAACGACACUACGAGUCGAAUCGGGCGCCGUUUGGCCUCUACUACCACUCGGCCUGGUUUAACACCGAUCACCACAAACGCGGCUUCAUUCGGGUGAUCGACGAACUGCUCAAAUACAAAGACGUCUACUUUAUGACCAAAUGGCAGGCCAUCCAGUGGUUCCGUAACCCACGGCCCGCCGCAGAGCUCCAGAAGUCCAGCCAAUGGCAGUGCGGCCCACAAAUGCUGGCCAAUCGGCCGCCGGCGUGCGCGCAGCCGACCGUCUGUAACCUGGGCUCCAAGAGUGGGUCCCGAUUUAUGAAAACGUGUCAACCCUGUCCUCACACCUAUCCCUGGGUGGGAAACACAGGCUUCGCAAAGUCCUGA